AUGUUCGCCCUGUUCAAGCUCAUCCUCGCUCUAUGCGUGUCCUUUGUUGCGGCAACAACGUGCGAGAUGGGAGACGGCGGCAUCAAAUCUCCUCAGCCUGGUGAUGUCAUCACAAUGACUAAACCCUUCAAUUUAACUUAUUGCGCAUACGCGUACUACAAAGUCCAGACAAUCGACAUUGAUGUCGUUGUUAUCCGCUGCGGAUCCAAGGCCGGCGACCCGUGCCCAGACUUUGUGAGUGGCGAGGAAAUUGUACAUCAUCUGAAGAGAGUUGAGGGUGAAGAAUAUGGAUAUCAAGUAGACGCGACGGUGCUCAGGAGCGGAGGUGGCGAUCGAGGUGGACAGUGGGCGAUUGGAGUGCUGGAGCAUGCGACGGGCUACUAUGUGCAGAUGGCGAUAUACAACCAUCAUGUUCCGGUAACAUUUGUGUUGCCAGAUGAGCCAGAAGAUAGGUCGAUGAGGAGGUACGCGAGGGACUUGAGAGGGUAA